AUGCCCUGUAAGAAAGCCGACCGCUUCCAAGAAAAACUCGCAAAGUUCGAAUGCGACGAGUGUGGAGCCUCACUCUUCCGCUGGAUGCAGUCCGCCGCCACAGGCAGGAGCAGGCAGGAGCACUGCAAGUACAGGCAUAGGCGCAAUGGCGGCGGCGGUUCCUCGCAGAGCCCGAGACGCGUAGGUCCAGAAGGCGGUGAAGGGGGUCUCUCCGCUCGCUCUAUCCCGCAUCGCACACCUUCAUUGUGUUUGGAAUCCUUCUUCACUGAAAUCGAUUUCGAUAAGAAACUGACGCGCUGUGUGCGCUCGCAGGAGUUUGGUCGUGGUGGACGUCAAGACGGUCAUUAUCGACCACCUUCCCUCACGGAGGAGCGAUUCAGAGCAGCGGUCGAACCUGUCCCGCUCAUUGUCCAUUUCCUGAAGGAGAACCCUUCAGCCUUCACCUUCGAAGAUGCUCCCCCGAACGCCGAGGACCUCUUGGCCCUGUUAUGA